CCACUCCCCUAGACAAAAAAGGUCCUGAACCUACAGCAAUCCAACAAGAAACCUUUACGUCCACCAGGAAUAGAUGGAAAGCCCCACACACAGGCGGCGGCGAUACAGCCAUGCAUCUAUUUCGUGGUUCGGGCGAAGCAGUGCAUGGUCCACACGAUCCACUAGAGGAAAAGCGCCUUCUGCGGAAGAUCGAUUUCAUGAUCAUUCCAUACCUGGCUGUCUGCUAUGCAUUCUUUUAUAUCGACAAAACAACCCUUUCGUAUGCGGCGAUAUUCGGAGUAAAAGAAGAUCUGAAACUCGAGGGGACCGACUACAGCUGGCUGUCCAGCGUCUUUUACUUUGGCUUCCUAGCAUGGGCAUUCCCAACCAAUUUCCUGAUGCAGAGGUUGCCGCUAGGGAAAUACCUUGGAUUCAACAUUUUUUUAUGGGGUGUUCUGCUUAUGGCGCAGGCUGGGGCGAAGAAUUUCGCAUCCCUUGCCGUCCUGCGCGCCCUGUCUGGGGCUGCUGAAGCAUGCGCAGACCCUGCUUUCAUGCUUAUCAGUUCAAUGUGGUGGACAAGACGAGAACAACCUAUCCGUAUUGGAUUGUGGUAUACCGCUAAUGGCUUUGGUGUUGCUUUGGGUGGCCUGCUAGGUUAUGGCAUUGGCAAUAUCCAUGGAGCACUGCCAUCCUGGAAGUAUGAAUUCCUAAUCAUUGGUGCUCUCUGUGCUACCUGGGGAAUUGUUAUGUUCAUUUUUCUUCCCGACAGCCCAGUCACGGCGCCACUAUUGACCAUCAAGGAACGGAAACUGGCAAUCGAGCGACUGAGAGAGAAUCAGACCGGUGUUGAGAACAAACAGUUGAAACCUUAUCAGAUCCUGGACGCUUUCAAGGACCCCAAGACUUACCUAUUUUUUCUCAUUUCUCUGUUAGCAAACAUUCCAAAUGGCGGUAUCUCCAAUUUCGGGACUCUCAUUAUCCAAGGAUUUGGCUACAGCACUCUCGUCACGACUCUCCUGCAAAUGCCAUAUGGUGUCCUAAUCGCUUUGUCCAUUCUCUCCUGCGUCUACCUUAACGACUAUUUUGCCACUAAGCACAAGAAAAACCCUCGGUGUUAUUUCAUCUUGUUAUAUAUGGUUCCGAACAUUGCCGGAGCCUUCGGCCUCCGUUUUGUCCCCCAGCAACAUCACGUUGCUCGACUCUGGUGCUAUUACCUUACUGGCCCCUACAACGCAGCAUUCGUCUUGUUGCUAUCUCUCACCAUAGGUAACACAGCUGGACAUACAAAGAAAGUAGUCACAAAUGCUGUUCUUUUUCUUGGAUACUGCGCUGGAAAUAUUGCUGGCCCAUUCUUUUACAAGAACAACCAAGCACCGGAGUAUACUCUUGGCAUAUGGAGCAUUAUAGUCAGCCAUCUACUGGAGGUAGUACUGAUAUUGGUGCUCCGGUUCAUUUUGAGCCGCGAGAAUAAGAAACGUGAUGACAGAUCAGGACAAGAGGAACCGGAUUUGGACGCCACAGCUUUUAGCGACUUGACGGAUCGGGAAAACGAGAAUUUCAGAUACGUGUACUAGAAAGUAAACAGGAG